AUCGAUUUUAUAAUUCGACGACAGAUAAGAUCAACAAAAACACCACUUGACCAGCUACAACAGCGACAACGUGAAGCGACAAUGACAGACCGGCUCCCGCCUAACCUCCUCGCACUCUUCGCGCCCCGGCCACCUCUGCGCUGGGUGCCGCCCUGCGAUGUUGCUCCCGAAGAGCGCAAGUCGGCCUUCGUCACCCCCGUUGCCGACUUCCUUCCUGCCAUGCAGGCCUACGAGCAAGAAUACGAGUACCAUCCCACCGAGAGCUGGCUGGAGGCGCGCGACCGCAAGAAGCGCGAGAAGAAGGAAGCUUUGGAGAAGCUGUUGACCGAGGGUCCCAAGAAUUACAACCCCAAUGACGAUCCCAACAUCAGAGGAGAUGCUUUCAAGACGUUGAUAGUGGCGCGUCUUGACUACCGUGCUGAUGAACAGGAUCUCGAGCGCGAGUUCAGCCGCUACGGUCCCAUCGAGCGUAUCCGUAUCAUCAGAGAUACCCACGCCGAUGAGAACCCAAACAAGAAGAAAAAGCCCCAUCGUGGCUAUGCUUUUGUCGUUUUCGAACGCGAAAAGGACAUGAGAGCUGCUCUAGAUGGCUGUGAUGGCGCCCGUAUUAAGGAUCGCCGCAUCAAGGUCGAUGUAGAGCGAGGCCGCACGGUCAAGGGAUGGAAACCUCGUCGUCUCGGUGGCGGUCUUGGUGGUCGUGGCUACACCAAGGCAAUGCCUGCUAGGCCCAUGGGUCCUGGUGGAUUCGGCGGCCCCGGUGGCUUCCGCGGUGGUGGUUUCGGUGGCGGAUUUAGAGGACGCGACCGCGGCUUCAGGGGUGGUGGCGGCCCCGGCGGCGGCUUUGGAGGCGGUGAUCGCUUCGGUGGACGUAGCGGUGGCGGCGGUUUUGGCGGCGGACGUGACGGCGGCCGUGGCUUCAGCGGCCCAGGUGGCAGCAGUUUCUCGCCUCCGUCGAAUGCUCCCAAUGGCCCCGGUGGUGGCUUCGGCGGCCGUGACCGUGACAGUCAUCGUGACAGGGACCGCGAUCGCGACAGCCGCAGGGACGGUCCUAGCGGAAGCAGCGGUGGGUACGGUGGGCGUGAUGGCGGUCGCUCAUAUGAUGACAGAUCUGGCGGCGGAGGUUUCCGCGGCGGCGAACGCAACGCUCGGCAGACUGGCAGCAACAUGGAGCCCAUCAGGCCUAGAGAACCCGGAGCCCCAAGGGAAUCCAGAGAUGGUGGGUAUCACGGUGGCCGCGACUACGACAGGCCCAGAGAUCACGACGACUCAUCCAGGAAACGCGGGUACGACGGCGGAUACGAAGACCCCAGAAAGUUGCGGCGCUACUAGACAUGAUGGUUGCGAAACAGCAUUGACAGACCUCCUAAGCAACAACAACAUACUGGUCCGGUUUGUCUCGUGGUGGGUAUCAUCAGCCCCCUCUCACUGCUCUCAAGUUUCCACUCAGUAUUAUUCUUCCCUUUUCCUUCGACGAUAAGGGUAAGCCACGAUGAUCACUUCUCACGUGUCAUACUUGACUAUGGACCGUGUCAACUAUCCACGACCAGAAGAAUAGUGGGAGGUAUCCAUAUUCGAGACACUUGGUCGUCCAAAGCGGAUGUGAUUAUCUUUUCCGGUGGCUAAGGUAACCGCGUCAUAGCGAUUCAAAGAGCAAUGGUUUGCAUGCUCAUCAGCCCAAGUCCGAAUGGCAAUCCGUCCGGCCUUCCGUUCAAUCAGUCUAUCAGUCACAUCAGUCCAAAGACAACUGGAGGACUAGAAUCCCAGGUGGCACUGGUGAGAGAUUUCGUCAACGCAUGCACGGUGGUGUGGCGCCCGUCGCAUACAACCUUGGCAACUUAGGACAGUACACUCAAAAGCGUUUCGCCAUUGUCUUUUCGGGAGUAACAAGACAUCAAUCAGCAUCCGUUGCAGGAAGGUAAAAUCGAGGUAAAAAAGAACGAAAG